ACAGUACUUUAUGUUAUCAAUGACUUAACAUUACGUCACACAGUAUUGUCAAUGCAUUACAAACCCAACCAUUGAUUCAUUGAUAGACUGACUGAUCAUAACAUUGAAACUGACUGCUAGUGUCAGUCCAUCACAACUGAUCCAUACAAUUGAUUGAUUGGUUUUAUUUCAUUGACUUCAACUGAUUGGUUGUCUUCAAAAGUAUUUGUCAUUAUGUCCAAUGAUAACAACACUUCCUCUUCCUCCACAUCUUAUAUUGACAAGAAGGACACCGACACUGAUGAUGAUAAAGAAGACAAACCUAAAGAAACUAAAGAAACUGAUGAAUUGUCUAAGAAGGACAUUAUUACCGGUGAUGUUGUUUCAGAUGAGAGCAGCGAUGAUGAUGAAGAAGAAGAAGAGGACAGCGUAUUGUUAAUGCAAAAAAUGACUCAAUUGUUUGCCAAUAAGUUAAGGUUUCAGUCCGAAGAUAAAGACAACAAACCUAAAGUUGAAAAAAUAUUGUCUGAGCCGACCAUCGAUGCCAUUGUUGACUACAUAAAGAGUGGCAAAUGCAAGAAUAUAGUGGUUAUGGUGGGCGCCGGCAUCUCAACAGCUGCGGGAAUUCCAGAUUUUCGGAGUCCCGGCAGUGGUUUGUAUCAUAAUUUAGCCAAAUAUAAACUUCCGUCACCUAAUUGCAUGUUUGAUAUCGACUUUUUUCGGAAAAACCCGAAUCCGUUCUUUGAUUUGGCCAAACAAUUAUUUCCCGGAAAGUUCUGUCCGACGAUAAGCCAUAUGUUUCUGAAACUAUUGAACGACAAGGGAUUACUACUGAGAUUGUAUACACAAAACAUCGAUACACUUGAAAGGAUUGCCGGCAUUCCCGGCGAUAAGUUGGUCGAAGCUCACGGAACCUUUCAUACGUCACAUUGUAUUGAUUGUCACAAAGAAUAUUCGUUUCAAUGGAUGAAAGAUAAAAUCUUCAGCGAUUCAUUGGUUCCCAAGUGUGACAAAUGUGGUGCAACUGUCAAACCAGAUAUUGUCUUUUUUGGCGAACAAUUGCCCGAAAGAUUUUUUCGUUUAGCUGAUCGUGACUUCAAAAUAUGCGAUCUACUGAUUAUAAUCGGAACAUCGCUUACUGUUCAACCGUUUGCCGGACUUGUCGACACUGUUCGGCCACAAAUACCCAGACUGUUGAUUAAUAAAACAAAAUGCGGCCAAAGUUCACAAAUCUCGAGUCUGUUGGACAUUGGUUCGGGUCUUGAAUUUGAUUCCAAAGACAACUAUCGCGAUGUACUACUACUUGAAGAGAGCGACAAAGGCUGCAAACAAAUGGCUGAAUCGCUCGAUUGGACUCAAGAUUUGAAUCAAUUUGCAUCCAAUAAGGAUAAGACAAGAGAGUGGUUAUAGAUAUUACGGUAAAUUAUUUUAUCAAAUGAAUCA